AUGGCGUUUCUACUCUGGGUCGCAAGUUCCUUGGUUCGCUGGAUUCGUUUGAAGAUCUAUCAAUAUGAGGUGACCUUCGCUGUCUACAUGCUUACGCCCACGGAAAAGUUCAUUUUCAAUUCUCUCCUUCUCACGCUCCUCUCGAUGAUCUUGACCGGCAUUGUUGUCUAUCUCCCCGACCAUAUCCGGUCCAUCUACAGUCACUUGUAUUACUACUGGGCCGGCGAACGCCCCUUCAUCUCCAGCAACCUCGGCUCCAUCAGUUCGGUCUUCCGCGAAAGUGGAACGCAAGCCCUGGAGGUGAUGUACGAAACCGCCAAAAGCGCUGCCGCGACGGGAACCGAGCCAAUGGCUGAGCUGUGA